AAAAAUUCGUCUAAAAAUGUAUCCAAUUGGAUCUAUUUAGAUCCAAGCGGCCUCCCUGGUUAUAAUACAAAAGCAAAGCACAGCGAACGGACGUGUUUUGGACUGCUCCGAAAUAGUUUAUAAAUUGUGAUAUUUUGAAACUCAACGGAAAGGAAAAAUAUCGAAUGUGUAACAUUGGAUAAAACAAUUUCAUUCAGUUAAGUUUCGGAGUCGAUAAUGCAACCCUGCUCCUACUAGUUUAAGUAAAUUAUUGUAAUGCAACCCUGUAAAGAAAAUGAAUAAAGAGAAAAGGAGGAAGAUGGCGGUCACUUCCUUUUGGGCGAAAGAAUAGAGGACACGCAUUAAUUGACUAAAAAUUCAAUCCGCGGUAAUCCGCUAGCUAAAUCCAAGGUAAAUAGCAAUUUUACAGCUCAGGUGUUGGGUUAUUACCCCGAUCAUCGAAUUUCAUCAAUAAUUUCAAACAAUCACGAGAAAUGGCCAACCCACGCGAGGAUAUAACCAAGGCCUUACAACAAGCUGGUGUGGCGUUCCCACCCUCAGCCACGACGCAACAGCUACGUAAACUUCUGCUAAACGUGGUUUGUGAUAAUAGGAACACCACUACCUUUGCCGAUACCGCUGAUGCCGCAUUUACUGCCUCAACCAACACUGCCGGCACCAUUGCCGACAUUGCCGUCACCGCUGCCACCACCGCUUAUACCGCCGCCACCACCGCUUAUACCGCCGCCACCAACGCUGCCGUCACUACCGCUGUCAAUACCGCUUCCAUCACUACCGCCGCCGCCGCCACCGCUGCCAACACUACCGCCGCCGCCGCCUCCGCUGAUUCUGCCGCCACCACCACCGCUGAUACUGCCUAUUCCACUGCCGAUACCGCCGUCUCUAUCGCCAAUAACACUGCCGCUCUGGUAUCUGAGAAUGCCACUGAAAUAGCAAGGUCAGUACUCACUGAACUAAACGCCGAAGUGACGGCCCUUAAAAAGCGCUUGGAAAUACUUACGCUACGCAGACAGAUAGAAGAACUGGAGCGCCCUCCCAAUAGUAGACGACGAGGUCGCCUGGAAUUCGGCGAUAUUGAGCACGCUCUGCCUAAAUUUAAUGGCGACGACGUAGCUUACCACGUUCGCCAUUUUCUGCGAGAUUUUGAGGAAAUAAUGGAGUCCUCAGGGGCUGACGACAAUUUUCGCUUGCUUGCCCUGCGCCGGUCCCUAACAGGCACAGCGAAGGUAUUUUUAUCGACCACGGCCGCCCUAAAUUACCAGGCGCUAAAAGCAGCGCUAUCAAGCGAAUUCGACGUGGGAAUCACAAGGCAAGAAGUGUACAAAAUGCUGUCGCAGCGACGCUGGAAGAGGAAAGAGGAGACGCUCCACUGCUACACGCUAACCAUGCAGGCCAUUGCGAAGCGCGCCAAUAUCGCCGAUACGGAGCUGAUAGACUUCAUAAUAGACGGCAUCGGGAACACUACCCCGCAUGCCCACAUCCUGAUGACGGCACGAAGCGUAGAGGAAUUAAAAACCCUUAUAAACCGGUAUCAACACAAAUAUUUCGUGACCGGGGCGGUGCAGCCAUCUAACCAGCGGCAGACAACGGCGCCGAAACAAACGGACGAUUCGAAGCUGAAGUGUUUCAACUGCUCCCGGAACGGGCAUAUAAAACCAAACUGCCCAUUCCCACUAAGACCGGAUGGUUCCUGCUUCAGGUGCUGGAAGAUGGGCCACGACCAUCGCUCAUGUCCAAAUCCAGCAAAGCUUCUGAAGAGACGCGAAGUAGCCACUGUCGCCGAGGAUGAAGACGACCAACCAGGUGCAAUUGGCGCUUUUAACUCUUCCGAUUAGUUUUGUAAAGGCAUCACUGGUCCCAAAACAACUAGGGAAAAAACAUAUGGUUGAUAGAGGCCCCAGUUAUAAAGGCAUCGGUGGAAGCAAAAUUAAAAUACUUUAUAAAAUGAAAUGUACAAUUGAAUUCUUGAACAAAAAAAACGAAAUUGAAUUAAAUGUUAUUGAAGACAAAAGCAUAAAUUUGCCAGUUAUUUUGGGACGUGAUUUCCUCAGUAAGUUUAACAUUUGUCUGACUAGCGCAACAGAUAGUUCCACUAAGAAAAAAUUGCUCGAAAUAAGAAAUGUUAACGACCAUAGUUUGUAUAAGUCUGAGAAGUUUGUAACUGAUCCCAACGCACACUUCCCUAUGACGGUGUGAUCGAGGCCCAUCGAAUGAGAACGUGGCGGCAGCAACCGGAAGUGUGCGUUGAGGAUACAGAUCAGGACCCCUUAGCGAUUAGUUGAGUGAUUUUAUUCUGAUCGAGGCCGAUCUUGUGUCAGGUUUGGCCGAGUUGUAACAUUGGAUAAAACAAUUUCAUUCAGUUAAGUUUCGGAGUCGGUAAUGCAACCCUGCUCCUACUAGUUUAAGUAAAUUAUUGUAAUGCAACCCUGUAAAGAAAAUGAAUAAAGAGAAAAGGAGGAAGAUGGCGGUCACUUCCUUUUGAGCGAAAGAAUAGAGGAAACGCAUUAAUUGACUAAAAAUUCAAUCCGCGGUAAUCCGCUAGCUAAAUCCAAGGUAAAUAGCAAUUUUACAAAUGUGAAUGUUUCCCUACAACGUCGUGUGUUGUGUUUGGAAGCGGGUUUUAAAGAUAAAAAAUGAUAGUGACACUAAUUUUUAAAACAAAAAUCUGCGGUGAUUACUACAAAAGCCCGGGAACUGUUUUUGCCGUGAAAUAAGCAAACCAGUGAAAAGAGGACCGAAGGCGACUUAGUGUAUACAAACGGGCAACAACAAGGCGAUAUGCCCGACAGCGACAAGUGCAAAGGCGCAAUACGGGGAGAGACGUUGUUUCGGUGCGAAGGAGUGUGCGGAAGAGCUUAUCACUCAGAAACAAAAUGCUCGGGCAUAGACAGUUUUAAAGCAACAGUGAUUGGGACGCAUCCAAUAGUUAAAUUCAUUUGUGUGGAGUGCGUUACAUACAUACACAAUGUUGAUUUAGUUAUACGUGAUAUUCAAGAAAAUGUGCACAAAAACAACACAUACUUCAGAGAAUAUAAAAGUGAGUUUGAAGAAGCGUUAAAAACAAACCAAAUGGAAAUGAAACAACUACUGGUGGAAAUGGAAAAACGGUACAACGAAAGAAUCGAAGCUCUAAGAGCACAGUACGAAGAGUUUUCCAAAAAAGCAGUGGAGGUUACCAAGGUAAGGGAGGCAGCAGAGCAGCUAAGAAAACAAACAGAGGCGAUCGGGAAAGAGAACGUAAAAUUCUGCAACGAAAUGAGGAAAAUGGUAAAGGAAAAUAAUAACGACAUACGACAGCAAAUGUCAUAUGCAAACGCGGUAAAAUUGAACAAGCAAGCAACCAAGGAAGUACCGGAAAUAACGAAGCGAACUCCUAUUAUUGUGAAGCCAAAAACAAAACAAAAUAGUGAAACAACUAAAAUGGAUUUGAACAGCAAAAUUAACCCUGAAGAUAUCCAAUAUCAAAACUGGUAAAAAUGGAAUAAUGGUUACUGAAAGUGCAAAUGAAGUAAAGCGAGACAAAAUUAAAUCAAUAAUGGAGAAGAAUAUAAGUGAUAAAUACGAAAUUAAAAUACCGCAAACUUACAGACCAAAGUUCGUAAUAACAGGGAUGAAUUUUGAGAUACGAUAACGAACUCAUCGAUUGCUUAAGAAAACAAAAUAAAUGCUUAGAAAAAGGUGACAUGAAGAUUAAAAAACAAUAUGUUAUAAAGGGAAAGCACAAUAAAUACCAUAAUGCAAUAGUUGAGACUACUGAAGAGUUCUUUGCGAACGCCUUUAAGCAAGAAAAAAUCAACGUAGGAUGGGAACGUUGCAAAUUAUUUGAUGCAAUUGACGUUACAAUGUGCUUUAAAUGUAAGAGUUACAACCACAAAGCUGCAGAGUGCAAAAAUGAAGAAAUUUGUGGACAAUGCCUGGGAAAACAUCGAACAAAACUCGACGAAAAAAAGAAAAGAAUAGGAUAUUAGCAGCUAACGAUAAGUGAACUGAAAACACCUUCUGAAGGCAACGGGAAACCACUGAGGGAAUAUCUUCCCAAGAAAAUUACAUACAUACAUGAACCAAAUAAUCGGACAACUAAACAUAAUAAUACAAUGCAAAUAGCAACGUGGAGCGUACGCAGUUUAUACGAAGCUCGCAAAUUAGACAACACUAUUAAAGAAUUUAAAAGACUAAAAAUAGAUAUACUUGGCAUAAGUGAGACAUGGUGGCCGCUAAACGGGCAAAUACAACAAGACGGCGUAAAACUUUAUUAUUCCGGAAAUGAAACACAAAGACACAGAAACGGAGUAGGUAUAAUGAUGAACAAAAAAUGUUACGAUAACGUUAAAGUGGUUCCGUUCUCUGAUAGAUUAAUGCUUAUAAAAUUAAAAGGAAAACCAAUUAACCUUAAUAUAAUACAAGUUUAUUCCCCAACCGCUGAUUGUACUGAAGACGAGAUAGAAGAUUUUUAUUCAGACUUAAACGCUAUAAUAAAAACAACAAAGAAACACGAAAUUAAUAUACUAAUGGGAGAUUUCGAAGCCAAAGUAGGUAAAGAAGCAACAAUAAACGUAACAGGUGAAUUUGGACUAGGCGGCCGUAAUGAACGUGGAAUCCAUUCCCACGACAGCCGGUUCUACGUACCGGAAUGACUCGGGUUUCACCCGA